AUGUCAACACAGGGCCAGCGGGUGCGCAUUAUUCUCACCUCUGGUGACGAAUUCGAGGGCACCUUUUCAAACGGCCCCGAGCCGACUAGUUGCCGCCUCACCAUGGUGCAGCAGAAGAAGCUUGCGAACUCUGCCGACAUCGCCAACGGCCCUGCUAGAAGAGAGCAGCCCGCCAUGACAUUCCAACGGAAAGAUAUCGCGGAUGCUCGCGUGGUCUCUGGUAACACUGCUAAGAAUGACGGAAGGACCACAAACGGCAACCGGUCCUCUUUCCGGACCGAUACUGCAAUUUCCAGUUCGCGGCCUGGUACAGAGCGGGCUUUGAAAGCAUGGGUUCCCGACGCGGGCUUCGAGGUUGAUGGCGCCCUGGAAAAGUCCCCCAGCGCUGGCCCUUGGGACCAGUUUGCCGAGAACGAGCGUCUCUUUGGUUUGAAAACAGACUACGACGAAAACAUAUACACAACGGCGAUUGACAAAAGCCAUCCUCUGUAUAAGGAACGCCUGGCAGCUGCGGAGAAGAAAGCCCGCGAAAUCGAGCGAAGCGUCGCUACCACAGCCCAUGUCGCUGAGGAGCGUGUUAUGGAUUUUGUUGGUGGGGAUGAUCACAGGGAUGAGGAAGACAAAUACAGUGGUGUGCGUCGCCAGGAUUUCCCACCUCUGACGAGUCGUGAAAACAAGUAUACACCCCCGGCUCGGCGUGCUCCUACGGGCCAGGCCACUGUCAAAGGUGCCCCUGUCGAUCCUGCUAUCAUCUCAUCCCAGUUGAAGGGUGCCCCACCUGCGAAGCAAUUGUCGCCAAAUGCAGCGGAAGCAAAGAACGUCGGUACAGCGGACAAACCAAGCACGCCAGUUAUAGACAAGCAAGCAGAGCCCAAAGUGAACCCCAAGGCAACCGAGCCUCAAGCCGCUGAUGGCAAAGUGGAUACCUCCUCGAACGCAAAGAACGGCGAUAACAAAGAUGCGGCACCCAAGGAUGCUGCGCACAAGGAUGUGGCUCAACCUCCGCGGCCACCGGCAGCCACAGCCCGCGUUGUUUCGCAUGUCAAGACGGGUGCCCCCCCUAGCGCAGCCCUUACGGUCGAACGGGACGUGCUAGUCUCGUUCAAGUCAUUUGCUUCGACUCAGAGAACGCUGGCUGAAAGAACGAAGACGACCAAAGCCAAGGCCGACAAGGAAGUCAAGAUGACCGAACUGAAGAAGUUUGCCGAAACCUUCAAGCUCUCCACACCCGUUCCCAAGGAUCUGAUUUCCAUCAUAGCCAAGGAUCCUAUCAAACAGAAGCAGAUCCAGGAGAAAGCGCUCCAGAACGCCGAGGAGAUGGCCAGGCAGAGGGCGGCCGCCGAGGCGGCGGCCAAGGAAAAGGAAGCUGCAGCGGCGAAGGAGAGCCAGGCCAAGGCAGCUGCCGAACAAUCGGGCGCCUCGGCGGCGGCGGGAACAGCCGAUGCCCGCGCCGGCUCCCGCCCAACGGCGCCGCAACAUUCAGGCGCGCCGGCGGGAAUGCCCGGUCGUCACCCCGGAAAUCGUUCAUCAUACAACCCACCGCACUAUCAGCAAUAUAAUAGAAAUAACCGCCCUCAACCCCAUAUGGCCCCCCAGAACCAGCAGACAGGAAAUUUGGCCCAGCGGCUUCAAAAGCUGCAGCAAAGCCAUUUGGCCCCCCACGGAGCACCUGAUAUGCGACUCCCGCCUACUGGCCCUGCCAACACUGCUGAUCCAAGCUUUGGACGCCGUAUCAGCGGUGUUCCGCCCCCGUAUUUGGCCCCAAAGUUGAACCCCAACAGCCAUGAGUUCAGGCCCAAUGCAUUUGCUCAGCCGUUCAACCCCGCCAUUCCGAGUCAAGGUUCCAGCCCCCGCUCAUCCGUCAACAACAUCGUCGAGACGCCUAUCCCCCCUCCCCCUGCCAAGGGACAGCUGAUCCGACGCAAGACAAUGAAGGUGGAUAUCAAGAAAUGCUUCAUCUUGUCGCACAUCGAGAGCAUACAGCCACCGCAGAACCGACACUGGGAUGAAAAUGACGGGCUCAGACCCUCCUUCGACACGCUGCCCACGUGGCGACAGCUCCAGGAAGAAACAGAGGCGCCGGACUCGACCAUGCACUUGACUUACAAGGAGUACUUCGAGAGGCUGCCACUCUCGGCCGCCGCAGUCGCCACUCCCAACCCGACCCACGUUAUGCCACAAAUCGCGCAUCAGCACCAGCUUCCCUUCCACUUGCAGCACGGUGCACAGAACCUGCCACCUAGGCAAUCACCCCAUAUGCCUCCGAUGCAGAUGCACACGGGCCAGCACGGGCACGCUCCGCAUGUGCCAUUCACCAACCCGGACGAUCAUAGGAUGAUGCACUCCAGCUCGGCACAGUCAUUCGCGUCCCCAAGGAUGGCACAGGUGCCAAUGGCUUAUCCGCCAGCUAUGAACGCCCCUGCGCAAAUGCCGUACGGCCAACCAGUCAUGCAGCCGUACGUGAAUCCUACUCAGAUGGGCCAGUUCCGUAGCUUCUCGAACAACCCACAAUACAUACCUCAACAACCCCACCACAUGGCCGCGCCGAUGAUGGUUCAACCACAGUUUAUUUCCGGCCCCAAUGGAAUGGUUGCGGCGGGACCGAUGUAUCCCGGCGCCCACCCACAAUUCAUACCCGCCGGCGCUGUUCCUGGACCGCAGCCGAUGGCUGGCUCCAACGGAUUCCCUAGCCCUGGCCGGGCGGCGGCGCCGAUGAUGGUGCACCAAGGCUCACAUCAGGGCUCACACCAAGGACAACAGGCAGUGUACGCAAUGAGUCCCGGAAUGGGCUAUCAGCAGCCGGCAUAUGCACCACAGCAAGCCCAUGCCAAAUUCUCGGGUCAGCGGCCCUAG